CAUAAAUGAUGAGCGCAGAGGAAAUGAAAAUGGCAAUAGCUGCAUAAGCAUAGAUGGAAUGAGAGUGGAAAAGAAAGAAAGAAAGAAGAAAUGAAUCCCACGUCGUCAAUAUCAGGUGAGAGUUCAAAACAAAACUGACACAGAAAGUGAGAAAAUCAAGCACACACGCCACCACCACCUCAUUGCCUUCGCCGGCAAACGCUACCGAAAAACCUAACGGCCACACGUUCGUCGAUUCAAUUUAACCUCUCUCUCUUUCUCUCUCUCUCCAAUUCUUCGUAAGUAUCUUCGGCGGAAUUUUCCUCACUUGAUUUGAAUCGAGUUUUUACUUUUCCAAUUGCGCGGCGAUUUGGAGAAUUUCGUUUGCGAUGAACAUGCCGCCAAAGCCAAACCAGGUGGUAGUGAGAGACCUCGUCGAGGAAGCCAAAAAACGGAUCGUCAUCCUCGUUGUAUGCGUCGUCGGAAUCUCCUAUCUCAUGUCCUUAACAAGCUCCUCAGUUUGGGUCAACUUGCCAGCUGCAGCCUCCUUGAUUAUUAUUCUCCGCUAUUUGUCGUUAGAUUUUGAAAUGAAGAGAAAAGCAGCAGCAUACAACAAUAAAGCAGGCUCCAUCAAUGUUCAGUCUUCAAAGAAGCCUAUGGAAAAUCCUAAAGUUAUUGCAAAGUUUGAAUGGAGAACAAAAGUGAAUUCUCCUGUCGUUGAGGAUGCAAUUGAUCACUUCACCAGACAUUUAAUUUCUGAGUGGGUGACAGAUCUUUGGUAUUCUCGGUUAACACCAGACAAAGAGGGUCCUGAGGAGUUAGUGCAAAUAAUUAAUGGUGUUCUUGGGGAAAUUUCAGGACGUAUGAGAAACAUAAAUUUGAUAGAUUUUUUAAUAAGGGAUCUUGUUAAUGUUAUUUGCACACACUUGGAGCUGUUUCGUGCUGCCCAUUCAACAAUUGGAAAACAUCAUACUGGUCCAUUAACAAUCGAAAGUCGAGACAUGGAACUAAAAAUUGUUUUGGCUGCUGAGAACAAAUUGCAUCCUGCAUUAUUUUCUGCAGAAGCUGAGCAUAAGGUUUUGCAGCAUCUGAUGACCGGUCUUAUGCAUGCUACUUUCAAGUCUGAGGAUUUGCGGUGUUCUUUCUUUCGAUAUACUGUCAGGGAGCUUCUUGCAUGUGCUGUAAUACGACCUGUCCUAAACUUAGCAAAUCCAAGAUUUCUUAAUGAGAGAAUUGAAUCCGUAGUGGUUAACAAGACCAAGGUUAACAAGGGGGUUACUGUAGCUCAAGAGGCAUCUCACACUAAAGAAGAUGAGUUACAGGCUUCCUCUCAUGAUUUCGCCAAGACUUCAGAUCCUUCUGUUACUGGUGUUGAGCUUGUGCAGCUAAAAAAUGGUCAAUCAAGAAAUGUAGAGACUUCUGCAGAACAAAAUGCUCGUGAUAAUACUAUUAAAGAUCCAUUGCUUUCAGUUUCAGUGGAUACUCGAUCUUCCCGUACAUGGAGCUCACUAUCUGCAAACCCCCAAACUAAUGGUGACCAAAAUAUUCAACGACAUCGCUCAGGUGGAGAGUGGGGAGAUAUUUUAGAUGUCAUCUCUCGCAGAAAGACCCAAGCUCUUGCUCCUGAACAUUUUGAGAAUGUGUGGACUAAAGGGAAAAAUUACAAGAAAAAAGAUGGUGAUAACCAGUCAAAUGAGCAUGUUACACAGCAUCCUGUGGUAGGGAAACUGCCAAAGGUAGACCACAUGAAAGCAAUAUCUGGACCCAAACAAAGAGAUAAUAAUUCCAAGCUUAUUCCCCAAAAGGGACGCCACAUUAAUUCUGGACACAGUAGUCAAUUAUCUGUUGAAAAUACAUCCAUUCAUGUGGACAAGAAUGGAUCAAGUUCAGUUACCUCAUGUAAGGACGAUGAGUCAGUUACAUCAUACAAAGAGGAUGAGAACAUCCACAUUUAUGGGCAGAUAAGUGAUUCAGAGAGCAGUACAUCUUAUACUUCUGAAGAUGAUGAAAGUAGUACUGUCACUGGUCUUGAUUCCCCUGUCACUAAGGUUUGGGAUGGAAGAAGUAAUAGAAAGCAGGCAGUUUCUCAUGUUCAUCACCCACUUGAAAAUUUUGACAAUCACAGUGCAAAGAAAAGGAACAAGAGCCAUUCUCGCUAUUCAAGACUAUCCAGAGCCCAAUCUGGCAAUAAAAGGUCUUGGUCAGGUGUUCAUAAAAUGCAAACGUGGCAGGAAGUUGAGAGGACAAGCUUUUUAUCUGGUGAUGGUCAAGACAUACUUAAUGCUUCAAAAUCACAUGUGGAUUCUGAGGAGUCCAGUGAUGAUGCUGAUAUUGAAAGUUUGAGCAGACUUUAUAGUGGAGCAGCAGCCUCUUCUUCUGCCCACUCUAUUUCUAAAACAGAAUCUAGUAGUUUGCCUAUUACUCCCCUGAAAAGUUCCUCUGGGUUGGAUUCCUUUUACAAGUUGAGAUGUGAGGUCUUAGGUGCAAAUAUUGUGAAGAGUGGCUCUAAAACAUUUGCUGUGUACUCCAUAUCCGUUACAGAUAUAAAUAAUAACAGUUGGUCAAUUAAAAGAAGGUUUCGUCAUUUUGAGGAGCUACAUAGACGCCUGAAAGAGUUCUCUGAGUAUAAUCUUCAUUUGCCACCAAAACAUUUUCUGUCAACUGGUUUAGAUGUACCAGUCAUUCAAGAGCGGUGUGAAUUACUGGAUAAAUAUUUGAAGAAACUUAUGCAACUACCAACAGUUUCGGAAUCAAUUGAAGUGUGGGACUUUCUCAGUGUUGAUUCUCAGACUUACAUAUUCUCAAAUUCUUUUUCUAUCAUGGAAACAUUAUCAGCCGGCUUGGAUGCCAAGCCAUUUGAGAAGACUAAAAACACUUCUCACUUUCAUGCACCUGCAAGCGAUCCUGUGUCCUUCCGGAGAGAAAACUGUAGUGCUGAAAGUAAAGAGUCAGUUAUGAAAGGAAAAAAUAAUGUUGGGGCCGAUGGAUUGAGGUCAAAAGUAAACAACUUGCCUCUUUCUCUACCAAAAAAGAAUACACAUCAACCUACAAAGUCAUUUGACAAUUCUAGAGGAAAUACAGACUUUCUAGCACAAAAGAGUGCACCUUCUCCCAAUGACUCGCAAAAGACAGUGAAAGGAAGAGAUAGUUCGAAUGAGGUCUCUGAAGUGCACCGUGAUACUUCUGAUGCUUUUCCAACAGAGUGGGUGCCGCCAAAUUUGAGUGUACCUAUAUUGGAUUUGGUUGACGUUAUCUUACAGGUUCAAGAUGGUGGAUGGAUUAGGCGGAAGGCCUUUUGGGUUGCUAAACAAGUCUUACAACUAGGAAUGGGUGACGCAUUUGAUGACUGGUUGAUUGAGAAAAUCCUGCUUCUUCGAAAGGGAUCAGUGAUUGCUUCAGGGGUCAAGCGAGUAGAGCAAAUACUCUGGCCUGAUGGAAUAUUCAUAACCAAGCAUCCAAAUAGACGACCACCACCACCACCUAGAAGCCCAUCUCAAAGUUCUCCUCGUGGUAAUCAAACUACACAAGUAUCUUCUCCUAUGUUGGAAGAUGAACAGACACGGGAGGCAGAUCGGCGUGCAAAAUUUGUAUAUGAGUUAAUGAUUGAUCAAGCACCACCAGCAAUUGUAGGUCUUGUUGGUCGGAAGGAGUAUGAGCAAAGUGCUAGAGAUCUAUAUUUUUUCCUUCAGUCAUCCGUUUGCUUGAAGCAGCUGGCUUUUGACAUCCUGGAGCUACUUCUGACGUCGGCAUUUCCAGAGCUUGAUGAUAUUUUCAAGCAGCUGCACGACGAAAAGCAUAAAUUUGGUGAGUUCAGAACACAGUAAAUAUCAGAUGAAGCGCUUUCUUUGUCUUCGGAAAUACACUUUUUUUCUUGUGAUAUUUCUUGGUCGGGUUGCCCUUUCUCUGCAACCGCCGGCAUCCAACUACUGAGCUACAAAGGCAAUUCAAAUUUUCAACCUAUAAAGUCAGGUUUUGUAAUUAAGGUUCGUUUUUUCAGGCAAAUCAGAUGUAAAUUUUGAGUCAAUGCAAUUAUUUUAAGAUUCUUUAUUGGAUUUUUUUUUCAAGCCA